GGCUGAGUCGUACUGGUGUCGCUCUGGCUUUCCUCCUGGCGAAACAAUCGCUGGAGCUGCGCGAGCCCCCGUCCUAAUCGCUAUCUGCAACCGCCGCCCGCCUCCCCGCACCCCGUGGUAAUCGCGAUCUGCCAGACUGCCACCGCCUCCCCGCACCCCGUGGUAAUCGCGAUCUGCCACCGCCUCCCCGCCUCCCGUGGUAAUCGCGAUCUGUCGCCGCCUCCCCGCCUCCCGUGGUAAUCGCGAUCUGCCGCCGCCUCCCCGCCUCCCGUGGUAAUCGCGAUCUGCCACCGCCUCCCGUCCUAAUGGCUGGGGAGAAAGCUGGUACCGGCGCCUCCUCCUCCUCUCGUCCUCGGAGGAGUUCGAGAAACGCCGCCGACGGGAAGCAGAUUGCUCCCCGAGUCGCCGCCGACGGGAAGAAGACUGCACUCCCAGUCGCCGCCGUCGGGAAGCAGAGUCCUCUCCUAGUUGCCGCCGCCUCCGACGGGAAGCAGAUGGUUAUGGGAGUCUCUGUCGACGCCGCUUGCACCACUUUGCACCCUAUUGAUCUACGAUCCGACGUCGCCCCUGCCGAGGGGCGUACUGAAGUGGCCAAGUUUGUGCACAACUUCUACUGCGCCCUAAACUUUAAUCUGUUAGGAUUGUAUCGUUUCUAUGCCGAUGAUGCUGAGUUUGUCUGGAAUUUCAAUGGCCGCCGACUUAAUCUGAAAACGGCAAAGGAAAUUAAGAGUUAUCUGUAUAGGGCAUCAACCAAAAUGAAAUUCCAUGCAUCGCAUUUUGAUGUAUUAUCGCUUCCUGGGCAAAGUUCUGUAAUGCUGACCGUUGAUGGAACAAUCAAAUCUGCUGAUAACAAGCCUAGGAGCUUUGUGGAAACUUUUGUGCUUGAUAUUCCUGGACGUCUUAUAUUGAGGGAUUCCUUGGUUGUGCAAGAAAAUGCUCCAGAAGUACCAGAAGUGAGUAGUCCCAAGAAGCUCCAAGACCGUACUGCAAGUAUCAUGUCUACUAAUGAUUGAUUGAGAACAUGUCGGAAAAGAAUCGAGACGCGGAAAGGAUGAAUCGCGAAGGUGGCGCUGAUGCUUGGGGUUCUCAAAGGCCAGAAACACCGCCUUGGGAUGCAGUAGAGUAUAGUCAACUCAUCUCUGCAGGGCCGUUGCUGCCACUACUAGAACAGUAUGCAGGCGUAGGUUCUUAUGACCAAAACACUCUCAGGGGGGCCCCAUGGCAAGUUCAGUCACAAGGCGCUAACACUGACGUAUUUACGGGCAACCAACCUCAACUAGCUAGUAUGGCUAAUCAAGGGCCUUCAUGCAGCACGUGGCAUCAGCCAGCACCCAUGUACCUGCCAUCGACAUCAUACACAGCGUAUUACGCUGGUGGUGACACGGCAAACGUCCCGUGGCAAGCUUCACAAAUUGCAGGUGGAGCACGACAUUUUGGUGUCACAGACCACACAAGAUGGCCAAAUGCAGCACAACAAGAACCUACAACUACAGUGAACAGCGGUGCGGGGACAUCUACUGCGGGGAGCUCUGAGCGCACGGAAGACGCGUUCCACCAGUCAGCAGACUGUCAUGCCGCAAACAAUUUCGAGUCAGAGUCGGGAAUGGCAAUCAUUCCAGCAAUGCCGAUGAGCACCCCUUUGAACCGUGUCAGGAACAUGUAUUGGGUGGAUGGUGCUACAAGGAGAGCCUACAAACAUUUCCGAGAUUGCAUUUCAUUCGACACGACGUACCUCACCAAUAUGUACAAGAUGCCAUGCGCUCCGUUCAUAGAAAUAAAUAACCACAAUCAGUCGUUGCAGUUCGGAUGCGGCCUCGUCCGGAACGAAGACACAGAUGGGUACGUUUGGCUGUUCAAGACCUUCUUGGAGUGCAUGGAUGGACUUGCUCCGAUGAACAUAAUAAUAGACCAAGAUUUCAGCAUGCGUGCAGGCAUAGAAAAGGUCUUUCCGUUGGC